UCAAGUAAGUCAGGACUCCUCGUUACUACUGCAUCUCAGUAUCUCCUCAGCCUCUGUUCACAAUGUCAAUACCGCAGUUCAUACUGUCCUCUACCACCAUGGCAUAGUUUGGUGUGGGUGUCUGUCUGUGCGCGCGCGUGCGUGUGCGUCUGUCUGUCUGUCUGUCUGUCUGUCUGUCUGUCUGUCUGUCUGUCUGUCUGUCUGUGUGUAAGUAGAGAUACUUCAGUAAAAUAAAUUGGUGCGUGUGUGUGUGCGAUCUUCCCUUUGUGAUUCAGUGGCAUCACAAUGUCUCAAGAGCUCACAACCCAGCAGGACCCACGGCCUGUUACUAUUGGACAGCAGGACACCCAGCCUUUUCUUAUUGGACAGCAGGACAUAGCCCCUUUUCUGAUUGGACAAAGCCAUGCGUCUCCAGUGUUGUCCUCCACAAGAACGUGGGACACUUCUCCUGCUAUCAUCGACCAACAGAAUGGGUCCUCUAUGCCAAUUGGCCCACAUCAUGGUUCUCCCGUUCGAUUGGACCCCAGAAGGAACUCUGUCCCGCCUACCCAGCCCCUCCCAGCCAAACAGCUGCUGGCAUAUCUGCCCCGCCCCAGCCCCGGCAAGACCAGAUACACACCCUACUCAAAGACGGUGGACAUGAAGGUGGCUGCUGUGGUAGUGGCGGCCCUAAACUCCCACAACGUUCCUGAUCCAUCACCACACAACAUUCCCUCUGCAUCCCACAGUAUCCCAACAGCAUCUCAGAACUUAACCCUUACAUCCCACAGCAUUCCCGUUUCAUCCCCCAUUAUUCCCCCUACAUCUCACACUAUUUCCGGUAACUCAAACAGUAUUCUCUUUCCAUCCCACUCUAUUCCAGCUACAACACACGGUAUUCCAACAACACCUCAGACCAUAACUCUUAUAUCUCACAGUGUUUCCACUACCGGUACACCCGACAUGAUUCCAGCAACAUCCUCCAGUAUGCCCACUAUGCCCCCUCUGUAUCCAGCUCCCCCCUCUACUCUUUUCCUGCUCCCUUCGCCAAGCCUGCACACCACCCCCGUCGCACAUCCCAACCAACCCCCCUCGCCCUCCCCCUCCCUCUAG